AUGGCAAUUACCCCUUCAACAAUACGUACAUUUUUAUAUGUGUUUAUUGGCAGUACAUUGUCUGUUCUCACAAUCAGCGGGAACCUUCUGGUAAUCACCUCCAUCUUUUACUUUAGACAGCUCCACACUGCGACAAACUACCUGAUCCUCUCUCUGGCCGGGGCCGACCUGCUUGUCGGGGCUUUAGUUCUGCAGUUCAACUUGGCUAUCUCUGUUCAGUCCUUUGGAACCAUAUUUGUAGAACUUAAAAACAAGGUCUGUGAAGGUCGAUGUUUCAUAUUCAGUGUGCCAAAUUCAAAUAUAUUUGGCUCUGUUGUCGUGUUUUACCUCCCAGUAUUCAUAAUGCUGUGUAUCUACCUAAAGAUUUUCAUUGUGGCACAGAGACAGGCGCGCAGCAUCCACAACACGUCUGGAGCAGCCGUCAGUAAGAUGGAGAAGAAGGCCACUAAAACCCUGGUCACGGUUAUGGGAGUUUUUCUUGUCUGCUGAACGCCCUUCUUUCUUUAUUUAAACUUAAACUUAAAUCCUGUGACUAACUAUUCAAUCCCUCGCUAUCUAGUUGAAGCUGUUACCUGGCUUGGAUGGUCCAAUUCCAUGCUCAAUCCAUUUGUUUACGCUUUCUUUUACAGAUGGUUCCGAGCAGCUCUCAGAAUCAUAAUUUCUGGAAAAAUAUUCAGCGGCAAUUUUAGAAACUCAAAACUGUUCUGA